UAGCCCUUGAAAGCCCGUAUUAUUUACAAUUUUGACACUCAGGGCCAGUGCUUUAGCCUGAGCUAGGGCUUCUUCUUCUUCCACUUCUUCUCGGACUCUCUGAAGGGCUCUCUGCCUUCGACCGAACUUCGAACGAGCAACUCUAGCGAGGGUAGAGGAAGCGCCGGUGGAGGAUUAGGAAGAUGAGCGGAGGAGGAGAGAAAGGCUCGGCCACCACCAAAACCCCCGCAGAUUUCCUGAAAUCUAUCCGCGGGAGACCGGUCGUCGUCAAACUGAAUUCUGGGGUGGAUUAUCGAGGUAUUCUGGCCUGCCUGGAUGGAUAUAUGAACAUAGCAAUGGAACAGACGGAAGAGUACGUCAAUGGGCAGCUGAAAAAUAAGUAUGGAGAUGCUUUUAUUCGAGGAAAUAAUGUUCUGUACAUCAGCACUUCAAAGCGGACUCUGGCGGAUGGGGCUUAGCGUGGAUUGUGCUAUGUAAUGUGGCAUGGUGGAGUUAUGUGCUCACAACUUUUGAUUAGGUACAAUUCUUGGUUGCAGGUUAAUGUGGCUCUAGAAUUGGGGAAAAAGUGAACAUAUUCCAAAUUUUAGAGAUGAUUUGUGAGAUUCUUACUGAUAACCCUGCAUCUCAUGAAAUUGGUUUAUGAAUUGCUUGACGAGCACUGGUAAUGCCCUAGCUCUUCCU